AUGAGAAGACGAGGGAGGAAGCGGAAGAUGAUUAAGACCAAGGAGAAAGCGGAAAAUGAGAAGACGGGGGAGGGAGUGGAAGAUAGGAACACGGGGGAGGGAACGGAAGAUGAGGAGACUAGGGAGGAAGCGGAAGAUGAGAAGACGGGGGAGGGAGCGGAAGAUAGGAAUACGGGGGAGGGAACGGAAGAUGAGGAGACGAGGGAGGAAGCGGAAGAUGAUUAA